AUGGAGAUCAUAAACGUAUUUCUCGCUCUCAUGAGCUUCCUUGCUGUCGCGCUCGCCGGCCAGGACCGUGCCUGCAAGGAGGGCAGUCUCAAAUGUGACGGCGGCAGCCCUGGCGGCGCGGUCUUCGUGUGCAAUGACGGCGUCUGGAUAGUCCUCAUGGCCUGCCGUUCCUACGAGAACUGUGUUAAAAAGCCUGUUCCACAUUGCACCUGGGCUUCCGCCGACGCUGGUUCUGCCGACUCAGACCCAGUUCCUGGGUUCGAAGGCCUGCCUGCUGAGGUAUCCGCUGCUGCUGACGACCUCAAGAACGCCACCGUCGCGGACACCGUCGAAAGCUCGACUGCUGCAAACAACGGCAGCCCGAACUGGAACGUCUGUACACCAUGUAUGCGACACAACGACAACUGUCGACAGUCGUGCACUUUUCAGGGUGACGAGUGCGAUAUCGCCUGCGGCUGGAAGACUAGCUCUGUAAACCUUACCACUGGCGAUUUACGCCAGCCUACUGUCUCGUGCGGUGACUUCUGCAAGUGGCCUUAUCAGUGA